GGGCGUGUUCGUACAGCAACAGGCCCAACCCCCCCUCGAGCUUUCGACAAGUUUCGCAAUAACUUCAUCUGGUCCUCCCCCUUAACUUAAACUCCUAGUCACCGAUCCUCUUCGAGUCCGCUAUCCCCUCUUCUCCGUUCAGCGAUCAGAUCGUGCGCAAUGGAUUUCUCCGACGCUUUCCGGAUUGUCAAUUUAGGCGUGGGUGCCCUUAUGGUUGUUAGUGGUAUCUUCCACUUCUUCCCAAUCGGCAUGUCCAAUGUCAUCACUGGGUUAUACGUCAUUCUAUUUGGUCUCACUACCGCUCUCCUCGAGUUCCAAAUCCCUCCACAGGUGUCUCGCUACGCCUCUUUCCUGUUCUCCUUUCUCGGACGAGGACUUUUCUACAUCUUUGUCGGAUCCAUUCUUCUCGACGUGCACACCUUGGAUAUCGUGUUUGGAUCAAUUAUCGGGAUAAUAGGUCUUGCAUACGCAGUCCUCGAGUUCGUGCCUUCUAUCGAGCCACCCCAGAACAUGAGAGAAGCAGACGCCGGCUGGGGCGCCGAACAAGUCUAGUCAACCCAUGCCUUAUCUCUCACCCCUCGCCAUCCCGCCCAAAAUCCCGUCCUCAGCUCCCCCAAGGAUUUACCAUCCGGGUUUCCAAGGAGAACGACUUUUUU